AUGGCGAUGGUCCUGGAUGCUUUUGCAUCCUACGUGCAAAACAUGCUGACUGAGAUGCUAAGCGAAGAGGUGCACAUGCUGCUUGGAGUCAGAGAUGAGAUCGACAAGAUGGACGUCAAGCUUAGGGACCUCAAGAAUUUCCUCGCUGAUGCUGAUAGGAGGAACAUCACUGACAAGACCAUGCAAGAGUGGGUGGCAGAGCUCAAACGUGCCAUGUACGAAGCUGCUGACAUCCUCGACCUAUGCCAACUCAAGGCCAUGGAGGGAGGUCAAUCCACCGUAGAUGUUGGGUGCUUCAACCCCUUGCUAUUUUGCAUGCGGAAUCCAGCCCAUGCCCACAACAUUGGCACCCGCAUCAAGGAGCUCAAUAAGAAGCUCGGCACUAUCAAGGAGCGAGGCGAUGCUUUCAACUUUAUCAAUCUUGGUUCCUAUGAGGACCGUAACAGCAGGGUGCAUGCCUCUCAUUCUGGUAUUGCCAGCCGUGAGACGUCGGGGGAAUUUGAUCGGUCGGGUGUAGUCGGUGAGAAGAUCGAAGAAGACACAAGAGCAAUCGUUGAUAUCAUGCUUACUGAAAAGGAGGGCAACGCCAACAUCAUGGUGGUUGCCAUUGUUGGGGUCGGCGGAAUUGGUAAGACCACUCUUGCACAGAAGGUAUUCAAAGAUGAAAUCGUUAAUGCCGAGUUCGACAAGACAAUAUGGUUGAGCAUCAACCAGAACUCUGACAAGAUUGAGCUGAUCAAGACACUCAUCACACUCGCUGGAGGAGAAUAUAGUGGUGGAACAGCGUUGGCUGUGCUUCAGCCAAUCCUUAAUACUACCCUGAAAGGGAAGAAGCUAUUUAUAGUGAUGGAUGAUGUGUGGAUCCCCACAGCAUUCGGCGACGUGCUUGGAAGUCACUUGGCUAAUGUCGUUGCUCGAGGUAGCCGAAUUCUCGUCACUACUAGAGAUGAAAGAGUUGCUCGAGGGAUGAAAGCUAUGCUUCCCUACCACCGCGUCGACAAGUUAGAAGAGGAUGAUGGUUGGUCCUUGCUAAAGAAUCAGAUAGUCUCUUGUGAAACAGAUGGACAUGAAAUAGAUACACUCAAGGAUAUUGGGUUGCAAAUUCUAGCAAAAUGUGACGGUUUGCCUCUUGCUAUCAAAGUAUUGGGAGGGCUCUUGUGUCAGAAAGAAAAAAAACGCCAUGAGUGGAAGAAGGUUCUGGAUGAUUCUAUAUGGUCGAUCAAUGAAAUGCCUGAAGAGCUAAACCAUGCAGUAUAUUUAAGCUAUGAAGAUUUGCCUUCUUGCAUCAAACAAUGCCUUCUAUACUACUCCCUUAUUCCUAAAACCGCAACGCUUGGUAAAGAUGACAUUGUCGGCAUGUGGAUUGGUGAAGGAUUUGUUCACGGAACCUCAGACAACUUGGAAGAAUUAGGAACCAAGUACUAUAAGGAGCUGAUAGUGAGGAACCUUUUAGAGCCAGAUGCACACUGCAUUGAUCAAGAAGUUUGCAGCAUGCAUGAUGUUGUUCGCUCAUUUGCUCAAUUUGUGUCUAGAGAUGAGGCGCUAGCGGCUCAUAGUGGAGAAACAAAUAUUGGAAGUAAAUUUAGUGCACACAAGUUUCUUAGGUUAUCCCUAGAGAACAAAUCAUCGGAGUCAGAUGGGUUAGACUGGAGUUCUUUACAAACACAAACAAUGUUGAGAACACUAAUAUUAGUUGGCAAUAUAAAUAUGAAGUCUGGAGAUUUGCUGGCCCAUUUUCCAAGUUUAAGAACACUAUAUGCAGAUUCAACUGGGGUUCGUGAAUUGGCUGAAUUUUUGCAUGAGUUCAAGCACUUGAGGUACUUGUCCUUGGAGAACUCUGAUAUAUCUUCUCUACCAGAUAAUCUUGGAAAGCUGAAAUUCCUGCAGUUCAUUAGCCUCUUUGGGAGCGAACAAUUUGUGGAACUUCCCCAUAGCAUUGUACAGUUAAGUAAGCUAAGGUAUCUUAACAUCGAUGGUACAAGUAUAUUAAGCAUACCUAGGGGGUUCCAUGUUCUAACAAAUUUGAGGGGAGUACAUGGAUUUCCAGCAGUAGAGGAUGGUGAUUGGUGCAGUUUGGAAGAGUUGGGCCCUCUUUAUCAGCUCACUGACAUUGAAAUAGAGGGGUUAGAUAAUAUAACAGCGCCAUCAUUUGCAGCAAAGGCAAAGCUUGGCGAGAAGGUGCAUCUAAUCAACCUAAGCUUAAGCUGGCAUAGUAGACUGGGAGAUGAUGGAAAGAUUAAAGAGGAAGAUAGUGUCUCUGAGGAAGAGCAAGAAAAAACCGAGAAGGUGUUUGAUGAGCUAUGUCCUCCGUCCAACUUAAAUUGUCUUUCCAUCAGUGGUUAUUUUGGCCGACGGCUCCCAACAUGGAUGGUGUCAUCAUUAGAUGUUUCACUCAAGACCUUGAGGAUUCUGACGAUUGCAGACUUGGCUUGUUGUGCACUACUUCCCAAUGGUUUGUGUCAGCUACAGUAUUUGGAAUUCAUUCAGAUCAUACGCGCUCCAGCAAUUAAGCGAGUUGGACUUGAAUUCCUACAGUCCAACCAUCACCAAAGUUUGCCCCCUUCCCAUGUGGCAGUUGCGUUUCCUAAAGUGCAUGAGAUGAUUUUAGCUGGGAUGGUGGAAUGGGAGGAGUGGAACUGGGUGGAGACAGUGAAAGCUUUUCCUGUCUUGCGGGUACUUGUGAUACAGUCCUGCAAAUUGACUAGUCUUCCUCCUGGCCUAUCCUCCCAGGCAAAGGCUUUAAAUAAAUUAGAUAUAGCGUAUGUCAAGGCUCUCACAUAUGUAGAGAACUUUGCAUCCCUGGUCAGGCUGGAGUUAGGUCCACUUCCUGAUCUGGAGAGGAUCACUAAUUUUGCCAGAUUGCAAAUACUAAUCAUCAAAGACUGCCCAAAGCUGAAGGUGCUAGAGGGUGUUCCCGCACUUCAGAGGCUCUCGGUUGACGAUAAAGACAUGGAGACACUCCCGGAAUAUAUGGGAGGUAUAAGUCCAAGGUGUUUGGAGCUGUACUGCAGCCUAGCGUUGCUCUCAUCCAUAGCCGCAGGGCCAUCUGACCCUGAAUGGGAUAAAUUCAGCCACAUUGAGUUUGUGAAGGCAUAUGCACGUGAAGGAGAUGUGGUAAAGAAAUGGUAUGUCUUGUACACAGCCAACCCCUAUAAUUUGGAGACAAAUAUCAGCCGCUCUUUCAUGUCAGCAGGAACCUUGUCUUGUUUUGAGGACGCGCAAAGAUUUGAGUCUGUCUUCAAAAUGACAAGAAAAACAUUUACCUACAUCUGCAGCUUGGUGUUUGGUCCGUCAAUGAAAGAUAUGGACAGCUACACAUUUAUUGAUGGGAGGGUGUUGUGUUUAGAGGAUCGAGUGGCAGUUGCUCUGAUAAGGUUGUGCUCCAGUGGGCCAUCAGAGAGCUUAGGAUCCUCUGUUGGUGUGAGCGCGUCAACUGUCUUGUUGGUAGCUGAGAAGUUCAUUGAUGCUCUGCGGGAGCGAGCAGCGCACCACUCGUACUGGCCAGACUCCAGUAAAAUGGAUAAGACAAAAUCCACGUUUGGCAAGAUCCACAAUCUGCAUAACUGCUGCGGUGUCAUAUGUACAGCUAACAUCCCAUUUGGACCAUACUGCGACCAUGGGGAGAAUGGCCGGAUUCUGAUGCAAGCUGUGAUUGAUCCAAAGAUGAGGAUCAUGAACCUUUGGUUGAAUUCGACGGAUAGCAUUACCCUGUUAAGCAUUUUGCCGAAAUCAAAACUCUUCAUGGAGUGCGAGAAGGGUGCUUGGCUGAAUGGUAGCAAGCUGAAGGUAGCACCAGAUGGAUCAGAGGUCGGGGAAUACUUAAUUGGUGAUGCAGGAUAUCCUCUUCUCCCCUGGCUACUGACACCAUACCAGGAAGAAAACCUCUCAGACCCCAAGGCGGAGUUCAACAGAAGACACUCAGCAGCCACAACCUGCGCGCAGAAGGCGCUGGCGAUGCUCCAAGAAAAAUGGAAGUGCCUGCAGGAAGAUGUAUGGUGGACGGAGAAUCUGACAAAUAGAUCUAAGAUGAUCUAUGCGUGCUGCAGGUUGCAUAACAUAGUCAUUGAUAUGGAGGAUGAUGCAGGGAUGCCGAGCGCUAAGGAUUGGAAUUACCAUCAGCAAGUGCGCCAGGUAGCAAAUGAGGACGCUGUCAGGGCGAGGGAUAUGCUGUCGCAGUACUUCUUGACCAGCAGGUCAUCUGAAUCAGGAGUCAGCCCAGUGGAUGCAGAGGACGACCAUGAAGUAGCUCCAUUGGGCGCAGGGGAUGAUGACAAGGAACAAAAGCAAAGACAGGAACAGCAGACAAAGUAGCCAAUGAUAUCCAGGAGAACAUUGUGUAAAGAUACUUUUUGCUGCCACAUCUCUGAGCAUCAUUCUAGGUACUACUGCUAGCGUCGUGCUUCAAAUCUAAAUAUUCUCUCCAUCCAGCAAUAUCAGUAUCUCACA